CACAUAUGUCAUAGUUUUGAAAAUUUGUGAGCUGUUUAGUAAAUAGUAACAAUAAUUUUUAAUAUAGAAAUAAGAAAACAUCUCGUUCCUGCAUAUUAAUUGCUCUUGGUUGCCGUAUACAAUAAUAAGAAUCUCUAACUAAAAAAAAAUGCGAUUUGUCGGUGUUAAUUUUAUGUCUUUAGUGUAGCCGUAUUUUGUAAGGUUCAUAUUUAUUAUAUUCAAGUAACCUAAAACCAAAAUUGUCCGUGUAUUGUUAUUGUUAUGAACAAAUUUUAUAUACUAUAAAUAAAACUUUUUGAAAAUAUGGAUUCUUCUUCAUCAGAAGCUAGCAAUGCUAGUAAUAAUGUUGAUAUGAACGUUUUAUCUAAUAGUAGCGAGAAUAAAAUAUCAAGAAUUCAAUCUCUUGAUGUAAUAGUUAAGCCUUUGACUUCAAUAGAAAAUUUGAAUGAAAAGCAAACCAACUGUGUUAGCCCAGGUGAAGACAUAGAACUAAAAUGGUAUGAUUGCGAUGAUAAUGAUGAGCAGAGUGUAGAGGACUUAGCUGAUGAAAUGGAAUUACUGAAAGAUUCUGAAGAUGAAACUAUUUCUAAGAAGGAAAGUCGGCCUAAAUUAACCAUGACUGACAGUAAAAUGCUUAGUGAAAAUUCAGUAGCACUAGAGGAUUCUGAUAAUGAUAUCUUAAAUAGCAUUGAAAUAGAGGAAUCAGAAUUACUAAAAGAUAAACCUUUACUUACUAUUGAUGAUAACUCUGUUUCAGUGAAUACAGGAAUAAUAAAAAAAACUCUUAAAGAUCCCAAUGUUAUGUUGGAAAUACCCACAUACAUAGAUAUUAGUAACAGUGAUUGUCAAUUGAAUGAUACAUUUAAUAUUAUGGAUUACAAUAAUGAUGAAGAUUUAGUAAAAAAUAAAAAAAGAUCUUCUGAAAAUGUUAAAAAAAUUGAAGAAGACCCAUCUAAAUCUAGCCACAUAGUGAAAUCGCAAAAAAAUGAAGAAACAAUAGUUGAAAUUGAGGCUGAUAAAAUGAAAAGAAUACCAUCCAAUAUAGAAGAUGAUCUUUUGAAAUCCCCUGAAAAUGAAGAGAACUUACUUGAUGAUGAACCAAUAUUAAUUGAUUCUGAGGAUCCAGAACCUGAAAUUAUUAAUAUUAUAGAAGAUGAUGAUAUAUUAGAGCCAACUCCAAGCACAUCCAAUACUAUCUCUGUUCUAUCACACCAUGAAGAUUUGCAAGAAACCCAGAAAAGAUUUACAACAGAAUUGAAUGAUCUCAAUAGAAUGUCUCCUCAGAAAUGUGAUGCAUCAAAUGACAGACCUACUUCAGAUACUGAAGACCUUGAUCAGUCUGAUAAUAGUUUCUUAUCUGAUAUAGAUGUAAUUCUGCCAACAGACCCAGAAAAUAUGACCAAAAAUGAAGAUACUGUUUUAUCGUUAGGAAAUAUAGCAACCCAAACUAAUUUGACAGUUAAAUCAAUAGGACUACAAGUAACAGCUAAAGAAAAUGACAAAGAACCCUCUAUUGAAUUGCCAUCUGAUAAAUACAUAGAAAAUGAGUGCAUUCUUUCAACCAGUGACAUAGGCCAUAAAAUAGAUGAGUGUAUGACAACUGUAGCUGAAACCAAUAAUAAAUCAAAUAUGUGUGUUAGCACUCCUACAACUUUAUCAUGUCACAAUAAAGAUCAAAUUUUAAACCAAAAACCAAGAGAUAAUUUAAAAGCAAUGCAAGAUAAUAUACAAAUAUCUAGCGAGAAUGUGAAAGAUCCAUUGUUGUCCAAAGACAUACAAAAUAAUGAUAAUUUUCAUCCACUAUCAUCAAAAGAAAUUGGAAAUGAUGAAAUUUUAAACACCUGUAAAGAAACUAUACAUAACUGCUUGGACCAAGACAAUAUUUCUUCAUCAUCAAAAGAUCUAAAACAUCAAGAUCAUAAAACUCCAAGCACAUCAAUAGACUCUGGGGAAGAGAAUUCAAAUUUAAUUUCUGAGAUUGCAUUAGAAAAUACUAAAGUCGAUAAUGACAGUACAACAAUUCUAAAAGACCUAAGGGUAGACCACCCUGCACUAGAUGAUACCAAAAAAGAAGAAGCCAUGAAACCAGAUGAUGCCGUUCCAAGUAAACCUAAAGAUCUCAAAGAUGCAACUUUAAAAUUGGAUAAUGCUGUUCUAUCCACAUCUAGGAACCUCAAUAUGACAAAUGAUGCUAUUUUAUCCUCAUCCAAAGUGUUAAUCCAGAAACUAGAUACAAUUCAACCCAUUGAAGACCAAAUACAGAAAGUUAAAGAAAGCACAGACCCCAUUCCUUCUACCUCAAAAACUGAUGAAGAUGCACAAGAUACAUCAGACAGUCUUGGACUCUUGGCUGAAUCAUCUCAUAUGAUGGAAGACGAUGAGGAUCAAGAAGAGGACGAAGAGGCUGAUAAUGGGGAUGAUGAAGAAGAAUUUGAUCCAGAAUAUGAAAGCAGUAACCAAAUGACAGUUGAACAGUCGGAGGAUUCAAAUACCCGUCAAUCAGAAUUAGAUGGCAAAGAAACCAAAGAGGAUGAAAAAAUUGCUGACAGGCCGUUUGAGUUUAGUGUGCAGAAGGAUGAUCAGCAAGAAGAAAGUACUAAUGAGGCUAACGAAAACGAAGAUGCCGAGGAAGUGACUGUCGAAGCACAGGAUUCAAUUGACAUAGAAUCUAAAAUAUCUGACAAUUCUGAUGACGAAAAUAAAUGUAAAGAUUUACCAGAGGAAAAAACUGAAACAUCUCCCAGCGCUGUCAACACAAAUGUUGUUGAAUUAGAUUCCGAGGAUGAUGUUCAAGAGACAAAAGACGAUUCGAAUGUGACGUCAGUGAACCUCCCGGCCGGUAUAGAUGUCAUUGCGUCUCACUCUAGCAUAGCGAAUACCGAUAUACGAGUGAAAGAGGGGGAGAUAGUCAUAAGCGGUAUACCGAAACCGGCGGCUUGUAAAGUUGCGAGACUGAAUACAGCGGAGGUGUCUAUAAAAACGACAAAAGUCGCACUAUUCGAAGUAUUUAAUUUGGAUUCUGAUGAGGACAUGGAGGUUGAUAAACAAGUUGCCGAAGAUAGUACUGAAGAUACGUCGGCAGUAAAAGACUCUCAAGCGAAACGUAUGAAAUGUGUCAACGACGCGUGUCCACACCUGUCGAACGUAUUUUAUGUGGCGGACAGUAGUGCCUUGUCGUUUUACAACGCAAAGAAAUUGCGAUAUAUAUGCGAGAUAUGUGCGGAGGCUGUUGUAAGAAGAAAUGAGAGACUCAUUGAGGGUAUACGUAACUUCGAAAAUCUUGUCCUGCUAGAUUUGGGCAAAGAUAUAAAGGAUUCAAUAGAAGUUCUGGAUUCAGACUCUGAUGAUGACGUGGAUCCCGUGGACUUAGCCAAAGAGGUUGUGGGAGAGGAAGGGGCUAAGUUACUUAAAGAACAAUUAGCUGAUAUAUUUAACGAGCAAUGGGAUAAAUACAAUAUGGAAACCAGAUUAUUGGAAAGUGUUGAUAGUUUGAAGACGGAAAUGGAGGACCUUGAGAGACAAAGCAAAGAAGUAGACGAAAUGCUGAAGCAAUGUCAAAAAUCGACAGACAAUUUUCGUAACGAGUUAUAUGCCACAUUCAAGCCUGACAUAAAGCAAUUACCACCUCUUAAUAUAUCUGAUACGAAUCAGGUUACGUGCCCUGAAACACAUAAUAUGGAGACGCGUCUCUCGAAACGGCGUAUGGCGUCAAGCGUCGAGACACCCGCGAAACGAAAGGCUGAUAGCGAGAAAACUAACAGUGAUAAUACAGGCGUAACCGGUGACAAAGGUGACGACGAUAACAUGGACAUAACAGUAGUACAAUUGUCUACGGAGAACGCACCGCCGGAUCUGCCACCUGUCGGCGAACUAGAACGAGCACACUUAAGACCUGGAAUGCCAGUAUAUGCCAUGAGGAAUAUGUUUGGGACAUGGGGCAAAGCGCAUAUCGUUGAAGUAAUUGGGGCAUCGAGUUCGCCAUUUUCCAUGUGUCGUAUCAAAUUCGAUAAGUCCCAGAAGAAUGUGUAUAAGACGCUCAGCGCACGAAAUUUGGCUUAUUGCGAACCAGCCAAUGCGAGGAUGACUAUUGGUACACGGGUCAUAGCGCUGUUUCAAGGAUCUGUUGAGGUUGGAAAAGACAGUAAGCUACGAGAGAAGUUCUAUUCUGGUAUUGUGGCUGAAGUCCCUAAUCCUGUUAAUAGCUUCAGAUAUUUAAUAUUCUUUGACGAUGGCUACGCCCAAUACGCGACCCAUGCCGACACGCGUCUGGUCUGUGAAUAUUCCACUCAAGUGUGGGAGGAAGUUCAUCCAUUUUCGCGACUCUUUGUGAAGGAGUACCUCUUCAAUUACCCCCAAAGGCCGAUGGUCAGAUUGAAGGCCAACGAGACAAUUAAGACUGAGUGGAAGGACAAAUGGUGGCCAUCAAAGGUUGUCAAAGUAGAUGCGUCGCUAGUUCUAGUGCAGUUCCUAAUGGGUGAAUCUAAGGCUAGGCUGGAAUGGAUUUAUCGUGGUUCCACGAGACUCGAACCCCUUUACCGCGAGAUUCAGGCUGCGGGUAGACAGCGGCAGAGAGCUAUGCCGCGACCUCAAGCGGUUUCGAGGCCAAAUAUGCCGAUUGUGGAAUACAUGCGGUCUGAUGAACAAAAGUCGACGGAGUUGCAGAAUAUCAAAGAUAUUAAUAAUGAGGAUCUUCGUCGCCAACGCGCAGUAGCGAAGAAGUCGACAGCCACGCCCACGCCCCCACCAGUGUCGAACCCCACACCCACAAAGCUAGACAGCUUCUAUAGUCGAGUCGUGUACUAUACUCCAAAAAAAGCAGUGCGUCCAUACAAAAUAUCCGCGAAUCACGUCUGUGGACCGAAUUGUAAGAGAAAGGAUGUCUUGUCGUUGAAGGAUCUUCUCACGUACAAUCCACUCGCAAAACCACUGCUCAGUGGUUGGGAAAGGCAAAUAGUCCGGUCAAAAUACGACAAACGCGUAAUGUAUCGCGCGCCUUGCGGACGUCGUAUACGUAACAUGGAGGAACUGUUGCGUUAUCUGCAAACGAUCAAAUCGGAUAUGGGCGUAGAUCUGUUCGACUUUGGACCUAACACACAUUGUUUGGCCGAAUUUGUUAUCAAUAAGUACGUCGUUUCUAAGAAGGAUCUAGCGAAUGGCAAAGAGAACGUACCGGUCCCGUGCGUGAAUUUCUACGAUGGGUCGCUGCCUGAAUUCUGUGCGUAUAGCACGGAGAGGACCCCGACAGCGGGAGUACCACUUAACUUGGACCCGGAGUUUCUAUGUGGUUGUGACUGUGAAGAUGAUUGUGAGGACAAAACGAAAUGUGCCUGCUGGAAGUUGACACUAGAGGGCGCUAAAACUAUCGGAAUAGAGGGAGAAGAUGUCGGAUAUGACUACAAACGCUUGCCUGAACCCUUGCGUACAGGCAUUUACGAGUGUAACUCUAGAUGCAAAUGUAAAUCGACGUGUUUAAAUCGAGUCGUUCAACAUCCAUUACAAUUGAAAUUGCAGGUUUUUAAAACUCCGAAUAGAGGAUGGGGAAUUCGGGCUUUAAAUGAUGUUCCCAAGGGUUGCUUUAUUUGUAUUUACGUUGGAAAUCUACUUACAGACGCUACUGCCAACCUGGACGGUUUAAACGAGGGCGAUGAAUACUUGGCCGAGUUGGACUACAUAGAGGUCGUGGAGCAGACAAAGGAAGGCUACGAAGAAGACAUCCCGGAUUCCAUUAAGGCUCUAGAUAAGAAAGAAAGUACUAAAACAUCAGACGAGAGUGAGACUGAAGAGGAGGAAGAAGAAGAAGAGGAAAUGAAGACUCAGAGCGAGGAUGAAGAGUUCAAACCUGUUGGCUACUCACCCAUACCUGAAGCCGUACAGUUCAAUAAGCGUUUAAGAAAACGAAAGAUGGAAGAAGAAAACAAAUCGAUCAAGACUGAAUUGAAACAGGAUGAGACGGAAAAAGAAGGGAAUGGCGAAGAUGGAUGUAUCACAAUCAGUGAUGAUGAGGAAGUUCGUGAGCCGUCUCGCUUCACAGCUGCAGCUGGAAUGGGGGACGGUGAUUUUGUUUCUAGACAUAGAUCUGUUCGUAAAUUAUUUGGCGAGGACGAGGCGUGUUACAUCAUGGACGCUAAGGUGCAAGGCAACAUUGGGCGAUAUCUUAACCACUCAUGCUGCCCGAACGUAUUCGUACAAAACGUGUUCGUUGACACGCACGAUCCGCGUUUCCCGUGGGUCGCGUUCUUCGCGAGCACGCACAUAAAGGCCGGCAAAGAGCUGACCUGGAACUACAACUAUGACAUCGGUUCGGUUCCCGGGAAAGUUCUGUACUGCUACUGCGGAGAGACAAAUUGUAGAGGACGACUAUUGUAGUUGUAUUAUCUGCCUUCACUGCCAAUAUUUGUAAUCUUCAUAUUUGUGUUGUGACGUCAUAAUUAGUUAAUAUUUUCGUAUCAUAAUAAUUGUAUUAGAUUUAUUUCCCACUUUCUGACUGGAGAGUAUAGCAAUUUUUCAUUUAAUACUUAUUGUAACUACAUAAUAAAAAAUGUAGUUAAUUAUCUAACCUUGAGUAUUCGAAAUACCACAGCCUUUAAGCGAAAAUGAUGUUACGUUUAACAAUUUACGUUAAUUUAAAAAAUAUAUAGGGUUCCCAUAAGCGCAAUAUAGAAUUUUUGUAAGAAAACGUUUGCAGCGAUUAUAACAUCUUUAAAAUAUAAUUUUGUUUUGACAUCUUUUCAUCCACGAUGGCCGCUUGUUUUAGUUGAUUAAUUAUUUACGUUUAUCAUCUAAAAUUAUUAAAAAUUAUGUUUUUUUUAAUCAAUUGUAAUUAUUUGAGUACAGGUUUAAGAUAUCAAUAGUUUUUAAUCUGUUUUAUGUAUAUACUCUGCGGUUGCCGCCUGACAUAAGUACACUGUAAGAAUACAUUUUUUAUAACCAUUAGUUUUCUUAAGUUAAUAUUUUGUUGUCCAUUUAUUCAAUAUUAAAAUUGUCAUUGAUGAUGCAAUAAUCUUUACGUAGGUGAGCUUAUUGUAAACUUAAAUUAAUGUUGGUCUGAUUUGACAGACCAUUAAAAAAAGCACACUACAGGAAAUGUCCUGUAGUAAGUAAAAUGUAGUAUUCAUAUAAGAAACAGGUUCUGGUAAAUUGAAUAGGGUCUGGUCUGAUCAUGUCAUCUUUAACGAAAGUCAAUCGUAUAGGUUAAUAAUCAUAACUUAGUAGUUAGUAAUCUUUGGUUUGUAAUUCUUAGAAUUGUGAUAAAUAGUUUAAUUAUGACUGGAAAUUGUAUGUUAUUGUAAUUAACUGAAUUGUGAAUGAAUAAAAAGCAUAUACUGAA